AUGGCUUUUGCCUAUUUAUUUAUUGGGUGCCUAUUAGCUUUCGGCGUGUUAUGGGGAUUAAAAUACGUUCUGAUGCCGUUUGAGCCUGAAAUCAAACCUAAUACAACAACAACAACAACUACUACUACUGCUGUUACUACUACAGAGGCUGUCACCGCUCCUGAGACAACUGUAAACCCCACGAACGCUAGUGAGUCAAUUAAGUACUGG